AGGAGACUACCGUUUGUGACUCCGUGUUAUCCUUAGAGUCUUAAGUAUUUAUAUCCUUGUAUUGUUUCAUAUUCAUGUAAUGGAAAGAUACAAUAAUUCCAAAGUCAUUAUGGUACCAGAGCACGGUUCUAAACCCUAAAAAAAAAAUUUCCGAUCAGCUCCUCUCUGCGGACGCACGCUGCCGUGUGAUCCAGCAGCUUCUUCUCUACGUUCCGUCACAGCCACAGGCCCUCCUCUCUGUGCCCAAACCCUGCUCUUUCUUCUCCUACGGACGGCUUUCGUAGAUCAUGUCAACUGAUAGUCGUGAUGUAUUUGACACUCUUCCUGGCGGGUUGCGGUUGUUUCUUCGUAACCUGCACUCUUUGGUUCCCACAAAACUCGACGAUAAUAACUAUCCGUCAUGGUCCUCGACGGUGAAAGCAACUCUCACUGCCCAUCGACUUUUUGGGUACGUUGAUGGAACAGAUCCUGCACCGCCGCCCACCGUGCUCGACGAAAAGGCCACUACCACUGCGGGCAAAGAUCCGAUACUAAAGGACAACCCGGCUUAUGACCAGUGGGUCAUCAUUGACGCACAACUCCGAGCCUCUCUCCUGGCUCUUAUUUCUCCAACUAUUCAGAACUAUGUUCAUAUGUGUACCACCGCCGCAGAAAUCUGGAAUCAUCUUCAUCAACGGUAUAACUCACUUUCUCGUACGCAUAUUUUUCAACUAAAGGAACAGCUUCACAAUAUUCGUAAGGGACAGUCUAGUAUGCAAAGUUAUCUUGAUGAAGUCUUAAAAAUUGUUACGUCACUCGCUCUUGCCCGUGAACCAAUCCCUGAACAAGAUAUCAUUCUUAGUGUUAUGCGGGGUCUACCAUCUGAAUAUGGACCUCUGAAACAGAACGUACGGACUAAUCUUGCCGGUCUCACAUUCAACACCGUUUCUUCUUGGCUAUUAUCUGAGGAACUCAAUAUCGAGCUUGAACAAAAACUUAGUCUUGGUUCGACCACAAACUCUUCCACGGAUUUACAUACUGCUCUCUACGCCUCCCAUGACAACUCUUCCCAUCAGCGUGGCCGUGGUCGGUUUGGAGGCGGCAGGGGGUUUGGCAGGUUCUCCGGCAGUGGUGACCGCACCAGCGAAGGCGGCAGGUCUGGUGGUAUUGGCGGGCGCUCAGUCUCUACGGCUGCGGGACAAUCCUUACCGAUUUGUAAUGUUGGCUCAGCACAGGUUACCACACCAACAGGACUUUUCGAUCCUGGACAACCUUACCAAUCAGGUGAUGUACAGAGGCCCAUGUGAGCAAGGUCUAUACUCUCUUCCAGUCAAGUCUCCUGUUUCUCCAAUCUCUGCGGCGUCUCCUGUGGUGGUCAAUGUCGUGCGCGCUACUUGUCAUCAAUGGCACUGUCGGCUUGGUCAUCCGU